UGAAUUCGUCGCUCUGCAGUUUCGAGCUCUGAAGCCUCCAUUCUUGCGAGAGAGCUUCACCAUUUUCCCGUCUCGGCGUGCGCAUAUUCUCCGUCGUAGGAAUCUGAUUCUCAAGAAAAGUGUACCCAAGUGUACAAUCUAAUCGAGCUUUAGGUACCCAGUGGACCUUAACUGAGCCGAGAUUUCGAGUUGACAGUUUGCCUCCUCCUCCAAGGCUAACCGUGGCGCAUAUGAGUGGGCUUCCAUAGAGGGAGGACUCGUGAACGCAAUAGUAGUGUUGGGGUUGAAGGAAAUCUGAGAAUCGAAUUUGGAGAGGGAAGGUAUGGAGAAUAAUGGCAUGAUGAGAAUGGAGGGUUGGGUGUAUAUUUUAAACCCCUCUAAGUUACGAUUAAAUCACCCCCGGAAAAGAUACCUGGUUCUUGUGGGCAAUAGAGCGAGCGCUUUCAAGGAUAAAUCUAGAGCUAAGGACGAGAGUCCAUUGAGAUCAGGCAUCAUCGACCUGGGCACUAGAGUUACCGACCACGGCCGUGAAAUCGUCCUUGGUCGAGUUUUCUUUGUAUUUUCCGUGCACGACCCUCAUGCUUCUGAAGCCAAACUUAAGUUUGGAGUUCAGAAUGCUGAAGAUGCUGCCAGAUGGAUGCAAGCUUUCAGGAAUGCUGCAGAAAGGGCACAGCCACCUGGUAUCAAUAAAACUUUCAUUCCAGCUCCAGGACGAAAACGCCGUCCAAACCUUAGGCGCUCGGGGAGGAAAGGAAGUGGACCGGUCCCGGAUGUGUCCGGAAAUUUUGAUAACUUGGACGGAGAGGAACUUACCGCCGAAUUGCAAUCAGAGAUGCCAAAUUGGACUGGUGCGCUACUAGCAAAAGAUGCUUCACCAGAUGUGGUUGCGUCCUCUCCCUGGGAAAUUUUUGGAUGCAAAAAUGGUCUACGUUUUUUUGAGGAAACUGCCGAGUGCGACGAUAGUAUUAAAGAUAAGAUCCGCGGGGGAACUCCUCCAGCUCUCAUGGCAGUGGGCGUUGUGGAUGCUAUCCCUGCAACUGUCUUUGAUACAGUCAUGGCCUUGGGGCCUUCACGAGCUGAGUGGGAUUUUUGCUUCCACCAAGGCCAAAUCAUAGAUCACGUGCAUGGGCAUAUGGACAUUGUUCACAAACAAUUCCACUCUAAAUGGCUUCCUUGGCGCAUGAAGCCUCGGGAUUUGGUGUUCGAGCGUUACUGGCGCCGAGACGAUGACGGCACCUAUGUAAUACUCUACAGGUCCAUCAAGCAUCCCAAGUGUCCUCCCAGCAAGAAAUUCACGCGGGCUUAUGUACUAAGUGGGGGCUACGUAAUAUCACCUUUGACGGGGAAGAAUGCGGAGGUUAAUCGAUCAAUGGUGAAGCACAUAAUGAAAGUAGAUUGGAGGGGAUACUUUUGGAGAAAGUCUCGCAACCGGAAUAUGUCACUUCUCAUGCUUGAGCGAAUUGCAGCGAUUCGUGAGCUGUUCAAGGUGAAGGAGAGACCACCAGUUCCUUUGAAAACUGAACGCCGCGAAAAUGAGGAAAGUAUCUUUGAACGCGCACAGUCCCAACAAGAAUUUGCGAAUACACUCUCGAACAAGUUAACAAACCAAUCAACUCUUGAAGAAUCAGAAAGCAAAUUCCUCCAGGUUGCUGAUGAUGAGUUUUUUGAUGCUGAGGAGCCUUUAUCCUGGAAACGUGAAUCUCAGUCCGAGCUUAUGUCUUCCGAUGAAGUUGAAGGUUCAUCCAUGGAUGAAGAGCAAUAUGAACCACGCAACUAUACUCCCCAGAAGGCCGUGUCGAAGGCUUCAACCUUAGUCAAGCGAAUUCAAGACCUUACUGGAGCUCCCAGAUAUUCUUCGUUUGCAAGCCAGGGAGGAACGAGGGAUAGGACAACUGAAGGUGACCUGGAGUUUAUGAAGCGGGAAUCCUCGUUGGGAACGAUGACGUGGGAUACUGCUGAAUCUAGCACCUUCCUAAUUCGCGGGAAACACUACCUUAGGGACCAUAAAAAGGUGAAGGCAGGAACUCCAGUGAUGCAAUUAGUAGCGGCAGACUGGUUUAAGUCUGACAGAAGCGAGGAACAUUUAGCUGCCCGUGCAGGAUGUGUUAUUCAGAAGCUCUUCGUUAAGCAGACUAGUGCUCAAAGGGUGGCUGAAUCGUAUUUUGUGAUCAUCAAUCUUCAAGUGCCGGGCACGCCUUCGUACAGCCUGGUGUUGUACUAUAUGGCCAACAAGCUGCUCCAGGAUAUCCCACUCCUCGAGGGCUUUGUCCGCGGUGAUGAUCACUAUCGUAACAGCCGCUUCAAGCUCUGCCCACAUGUUGCCAAGGGCUCUUGGAUCGUGAAGCAGAGUGUGGGAAAGUCAGCUUGCUUGGUGGGAGAGGCUCUGGACAUUAACUACUUUUCCUCCGAUAAUUACCUGGAGAUGGACAUUGAUAUUGGAUCAUCGUCAGUUGCAAAAGGAGUUGUAAAUCUUGUUGCAAAUUAUGCUUCAAAGUUAGUUUUAGAGAUGGCCUUCCUCAUUCAGGCUAACACAGACGAGGAGCUACCAGAGAAACUACUGGGAACUGUUCGGAUCUCCAACUUGGACAUGGCAAAAGCCGUGAUUCCACCAGCACCAUGAAGAAGAUUCACAGUUUUUGUAUUACAAUAUUCCUUGUACUCGAGCAAAUAUCACAUAUUCCCGAGAAGUGCAAAUGCGAGGGUAAUAGGUCAAGGCACUCUAUCUCCAAAGAUUACAGGAGUUGAUUGAAAAGUCUGAAAUCACGAUAUCGAGAUUUAGUCUACAACGUCAAAAUGUGGUACUUUACAGGAUUAGGCGUUCAAGAAGCAGUAGUUGGAUCAUUGAAAGUUUGCUUCAGGUGUUGAAUCCUGUGAGAUAAAGCAGAGAUCGCUCUUGUUGAGCAAACUGCGGUGGUAAUGGGUUUGGCACCCUGAAGUGCACCUUGUGUGUGUGUUUUUUUUUUUUUUUUUUUUUUUUUUUUUGGUCUCAACAGAUUGAUAGGAACAAUUUUUUUGUGGUCAGCUUUUUCAACUAGGCUUUAAGUUUUGAUGUUUUCAAAAAAAAGUGUGACUCGAAGACCACAUCCUCAACAUUAUUUUUUAAUUUUAA